AUCACAGCGUCGGGGCAUGUAUCGAGAGGAGGGAGGGAGAGAGAGAAAAAGUUAUGCUGCUGUAGACAUGGACCUACGCUCAGAGCUCCUCAAGUCUAUUUGGUAUGGUUUCACUGCUCUGGAUCUUGAGAAGAGUGGGAAAGUGUCCAAGUCUCAACUCAAGGUUCUGUCCCAUAACCUGUGUACGGUUCUGUCCAUCCCCCACGACCCGGUGGCUCUGGAAGAACACUUCAGGGAUGAUGAUGAUGGACCGGUCUCCAGCCAGGGGUACAUGCCUUACCUCAACAAAUACAUACUGGACAAGGUAGAAGAGGGCAGUUUUGUCAAGGAACAAGUAGAUGAGCUUUGCUGGACUCUCACUGCUAAGAAGAACUACAAGCCGGGGAAAGACAAUCAGAACGUGUUGCCAGGGAAAGAUGCCUUUAGUCUAUGGUGCCUGUUUAACUUUUUGUCAGAGGACAAAUACCCUCUGGUUAUGGUCCCAGAUGAGGUGGAAUACCUGCUCAAGAAGAUGUGUAUGGCCAUGAGUGUUGAGCUCAACUGUGUGGAGCUGGAGGACUUCAUCUCCAAGGAUACAGUGCAGCAGAAUGGUUUCACUGUCUGGUCCUUCCUGGAGAUGAUGAACUCUGGGAAGGUAACUAGAGGCAUGGACCAGGGAAUCACCAGCAUGGCCAUAGAGGAGGUGUACAGGGAGAUAGUUGGUGAUGUCCUCAAAGAGGGGUAUCUUUGGAAGAAGGGUCAGCUGAGGAGGAAUUGGAAGGAGCGCUGGUUCACCCUGAGGCCCGGUACCCUGGCCUACUACACCAGCGAGGACCGCAAGGAGCGCCAGGGAAACAUCUCUCUGGACGGGGACUGCUGUGUGGAGGUGCUGCCAGACAGAGAUGGGAAGAGGUGUAUGUUCUGUCUGAAAACUCUCUCCAAGACCUAUGAGAUGAGUGCCUCAGACACCAAGCAGAGACAGGAAUGGACAGCAGCCAUUCAGACAGCCAUCCGUCUACUCACUGAAGGGAAGACCUCUCUCCACAAGGACCUGAAGCUGAAGAGGAGGGAGCAGAGGGAGCAGCGGGAGAGGAGGCGGCUGGCCAAAGAGGAGGAGCUUCAACGUUUUCGGGCCCUCCAGGAGGAGAAAGAGCGUAAGCUGGCCGAGCUGGAGCUCCUGAAGGAGGCACAGAGGCAGGCCCAGGCUCUCCUGGAGCAGGACGAGAUGAGGAGGCGUCAGCAGCAUGAUGAGAUGCAGCAGGCCCUGGAGGUGCAGCUCCGCGAGGCAGAGGAGUCGCGGGCCAGCAUGCAGGCAGAGAUGAUUCUGAAGGAGGAGGAGGCGGAGCGGCAGAGGAAGAGGAUCAAGGAGCUGGAGGGGUUGCAGACGAGUCUGGAGGAGGCCUUGCACCAGGAGAUCAAGGCCAGACAGGACGAAGAGGUCUUUAGAUACGCACAGACUGGUUUGCUGUCUGAGGAGGAGGAGAAGAUGAAGGCCCUGAUGGCCCUCCAGGAUGAGCAGGAGGAGUACAUCCGGAAGACCCAGAGAGAGAAGCAGGAGCUGCGGCAAGAGAUGGAGAACAAGACCCGGGCUCUGGAGGAGGCCCAGCGGCAGCUGGAGGAGGUCAGGGCCAACCGACACCGGGUUGACCAGGAUGUUGUGGCUGCCCAAAGGAAGCUUCGCCAGGCCAGCACCAAUGUCAAACACUGGAAUGUUCAGAUGAACCGGCUGAUGCGUCCAGUCGGACCAGGAGAGAAGAGAUCUUCUGGAGGCUCGUUCUCCAGUUUCCAGAUGCCGUCUCAGAGAGAUCCCGGCCUGCGUCUGAGACAGCGGUCAGAGGAGCAGGAUGAUGAGAGCAAGGAGAACGUGGACAGCAGUGGUGCAGGGUUAGGCUGUGAAGGAGAGAGACGUCUCUCACAGACCUCUAACGGAGGCAUGGACAUCCCCUGAGAGGAUAUGGUUCUUCUCCUCUAGAAGGGAAAACUGUGUUACCAACUGUGUUUUGUUUGUGGAUUUUGUAAUGGAAAAGGUGGAAAGACUUUGAGCGAGUAUGAAUUCAUCUUUUAGGUGGUGUCAAUGUGAACGUUCUGUCUAGUUGACGGAAAAGCAUGGAUGGGAUCGUCAAGAUACAUGACAUUAGUCAUUUAAAUAUUCUUCUCCCACCAAGUUGGUAGUAAACAAUUAGAUGCAUCAUUGGUAGUAAAUGUAUUAUAUCAAUAGUAUUCCAUCACAGCAUCUCACGGUAUGUUGAUAGCAAGUCUCCAUGUUUUAAUGAAGAACAGAAUAACCACAAGUGUUUGUUUUUGUUGUUGAGAAUUUCUUCUCAAAGAUCACAAGAUGAAGAUUUCUUUCCUCUCACAAAAUGAAUUCUGUAAAUAUAUUUACUAAAUGAGUCUAGUUUUUUCUCUUCUCUCCCUCUUUGCAAUGUCAGACAGACAUGCAGACAGAAAUGCGGACAGACAGGUGGACAGACAGACAGACAGUGGUAUUAAUAAAACAUGGAUAGUACUCUCUACCAAAUGGGUACAAUAUGAAAACAGAGAAGAGUGAUUUGCAGAGUGGAAAUGAAUGCAAACAGCUUCUGUGGUCUCUUUAUUUCCUGUUUCCGGAGUCAGUGUAAACUUUACCCACAUGUAGAAAUGUAAGCUCUGGGGCCAGGUGCGUACCCUGUGUGUGUGUGUGUAAACUAUGUAGACGCUGCAUUUUCCCAAUCCUUAUAUCUUCCCAGUGUUUGUGUAUUGUGUGACGAAAUUAAGAACUAAUUCAAGGUAUUAUCCUGCUAUAUUUUUUUAUACUAUAAUAAUUUAAUGGAUGUGAAAAUAUGUAGCAAAAAAGUGUUUGAGAGACACCUUCUGACCAAAAAGGACAAUUACAGGAGAGAUUUAUUGCAAAUACCACUAUACAAUAAUACAGUGGGAAUGACAUGAUUGACACCCUUGAUAAAUAUGAGCAAUAAUGACUGUAUAAAAUAAAUUAUUCAAAUACUGAGCUAUAUUAUAUGCUACAUUUUUUGGGAAAUUAUUUUAUACAAUUACAAUUGCUCAGAAAAAUAGAUUUUGUUUAACAAUUUAUUUAAAAAUCUCAGAGGUAGGCAUUAAAGACAUGCUAAGACAUGCUAACGGUAAUGGUGAAAGGUUAGCAUGUCUUGGGGAUAUGAUCUUUGGCCCUCUGUAACUUUCUCACUCGUCAUUAUUCCCAAUCAAUUCAGGAUUAUUCGUAAUCAUGGUAGCAUCCACAUUAAUGUUGAAAUGUUUAAAAACAUAUAUUCUUAUUUAGAAUAAAAUGUACCUCAACAUGAGCCAAUAUAUUAUUUACCAUAAAUUUCUAUGAGGCACAAAAAAUAAAAUAAACACAACCUAAACGAACUGCAAGUGCAUCCAACAAGUUUGUAGAGUCAUUGCAUUAUAGGAAUAUGGGACCAAAUACUCAACUUUUGACUACUUUAUUUACCGAACAGAAAUAUAAACGCAACAUGCAAUAAUUUCAAAGAUUUUACUUAUGUUACAGUUUAUAUAAAGAAAUAAAUCAAUUGAAAUAAAUUAAUUAGGCACUAAUCUAUGGAUUUCACAUGACUGGGCAGGGAUGGAGCCAUAGUUGGGCCUGGGAGGGCGUAGGCCUAUCCACUUGGGAGCCAGGCCCACCCACUGGGGAGCCAGGCCCAGCCACUGGGGAGCCAGGCCCAACCAAUCAGAAUGAGUUUUCCCCCACAAAAAGGCUUUAUUACAGCACCCCCUUCCCUGUCUGAUGAUCCCGCAGGAUGUGGAGGUCCUGGGCUGGCGUGCUUACACGUACACAGUCUGUGGCAUUGUGCUGUGCGACAAAACUGCACAUUUUAGAGUGGCCUUUUAUUGCCCCCAGCACAAGGUGCACCUGUGUAAUGAUCAUGCUGUUUAAUCAGCUUAUUGAUAUACUACACCUGUCAGCUUGAUAUAUUAUCUUGGCUAAGGAGAAAUGCUCAUUAACAGGGAUGUAAACACAUUUGUGCACAAAAUCUGAGAAAAAAACAAGUUUUUUGUGCCUAUGGAACGUUUCUGCAAUAGAUCACGUGGUGAAGCUUCAUGCGUCGUUUCCAUGGAGUUGUUUUUACACGCUUGUUGUUGAUUGGUCAAAGGAAAUAUGGCCGCAGAAUAAAAAUUCACAGCGAUUG